AUUUCACCAACCCAAAACAAAAUUACAAUUCAAAAACUUUUCUCUUCCAAAUCCCAUCAAAUUGAGAGAAACCCCACACAUCCAAAGCUCGAGGGAAUGGAGAAAUCACUAUUAACAUACCAAAGAAGAAGAAAAGGAAAAAGAACAGAGGUUCGUUGUUCGUCGACGUGCUUCAUGUACGGCUUCUUUUGGGUUCGAUUGUGCCAGCGAUGAUUGGGUCGCCCUCCUCGAGCGGAUCUGCUCCAUCGCGGUCCUUCUUCAUUACCCUCUGUUGCUUCUAU